ACUUGAAACAUUCAUCACAUUAAACCAAAACGAUAAACCAAUAACACCAAUAUGUUAAAAAUAUUCUUUUUGGCUUGCAUUAUUUGCUGUGUCCAUUCAUGGGAUGCUAAAUCAUGGACCGGUAGGGAUUGGCAAAGUAAUAGUGGACGCGGUUGGGGUGGGGGUGGUUGGAACAAUGGUUGGAAUGGAAAUAAAUGGGAUGGUGAAGAUGAUGGUAGCUAUAAAGGUGAUAAUUAUAAUGAUGGCGAUGAUGGUAAAUGGAAUGGAAAUGGAAAUGGAGGAUGGGGUGGGUGGGGAGGAAAUAAUGGUGAUGAUGGUAAAGAUCAAUGGGCUCCAGCUCAAUACUCAUUUGGUUAUGGAGUAGCUGAUGGUCAUACUGGAGAUAAAAAAGAACAAACUGAAGAACGUCUUGGUGAUGUUGUUAAAGGACAAUAUUCAUUAAAAGAAGCUGAUGGUACUAGAAGAAUCGUCAAAUAUGAAGCCGAUAAAGGAGGAUUUAAUGCUAAAGUUAUCCAGGAAGGAACUGCUUGGCAUCCACAAGCUAGAAGUUGGGGAGGUGAUGAUGGAGGAUGGGGUGGAAAAGGAGGAUGGAAUGGAGGUUGGGGAGGAAAUGGGGGAUAUGGAGGAAAUAGAGGUUGGGGUGGAAAUGGAGCUUGGGGAAAAAACUGGUAAAACAAUCCAAUUUUGGUGCCAUAAUUCUUGUACAUUUUUAAUUAUAUCUAUCCUAGAUUUUUAUUACAUAAAUAGACGUUAAUUUGCAUUAUU